CCUAAUAGUCUCGGCGCAACACAAAACGCAAGUAAGCGCCACGAUCGCGGGCUGAGUCGUUGGUCCGUGGCUCUAAAAUCCCGAUUUUUACGAGAUGGGGCCCAGGCGUCCAGAUCGGGCCCCGGUGAGUGAGUGCCAAUGCAAACGAUCCAUGGCGCCUCGCUAACGCUUAGGCAUCCAUUGGCAUGGGCAUCAGCGUGGCGCCCACGUGUGCCCGCGGCUCCCUUCAUGGCCAUUGAUAAAGAUGUCUUGUAGCGUUACUGAGCGGGUCAGUUCUACACCAGCGACAGUCCACAACGCAUCUCCUACAAGCGGGACCACCUCUAUCAGCGCAAUUGGGGCAUCAACCAGUUCUUCACACAAAACAAAAUGUAAGGAACAUACCGGGCCCGAAGGCAACUCGCUCUCAGCCCUAGCCACGUCACCUAGCUCGAGAGCACCCGCAGAAGGGGCCGAAACCCCCGCUGGGGUAGAUGGCCCCCCUCAAAAUGGACCUCAGUCCAACAGCCCCCAAGGAUCUCAACUCAGGUCGAAACCAUGUACGAAGAUGCUUUUAUGUUGCUGCUGCAAAUGUCCUUGGUCGAAUCACGGAGAUAAAAAUGACGAUAAUGAAAGAACAAAAACUACAUCACACGAAGCGGAAUCAAAAAUUUCUACGAGAAAGGGGGCGCAGGAAGAAAUCCGUGUAUCUCCAGAUGAACUUCGAAGCUGGUCAAAAUCCUUUGAUCAGCUGAUGAACAGCCCUGUGGGUAGAAAGGUAUUUAGAAACUUCUUAAAGGGUGAAUACUCUGAAGAAAAUAUUCUAUUUUGGUUGGCUUGUGAGGACUUUAAGAAGCACACGGAUAAAACAUACACCGAGAAAAGAUCUGGCCUGAUCUACAUGAAUUAUAUUCAUCCAGAUUCAUCCACAGAGGUGUCUUUAGACUCGCGAGUACGUGAAAUUGUAAAAAAACAACUGCCGAACCCUCAUCCAAGUAUGUAUGACGAAGCUCAAUUACAAAUCUACACGUUGAUGCAACGGGACAGCUACCCUCGCUUUCUCAGUUCUGUAGCUUUUAGGACACUUAUGGAGAAAGCAAAUGUUUCGAAGCCCAGAGACAAGAUUUUGAUCUAUAUUGCACCUCAGAGGACUCCCUCACUCCAUACAAUUGACCUGAACUUUCCGCAAAACUUGAGUGGGGAACAUGGUCAAGCCAGUCAAUCGACUCCUCUUCUGACCGCCGUUCACCCAGCAGCUACCAUUGCGGUAUCCGAUAUUGAUAGGGACCAGGAUGCAAGUUAAAUUCCUCUAUGUUAAAUAGACGGCCUAACGACAAAAAAUUGUCGACAAUAACUGUGGACCUCGGUUAGCAACAUCAAAACAGUGAACAAUUCUGCUAUCCUGAAACUUUUAGUUUUCACGCCGGUCCUGCUAAUACUUAUUACCAAAGAUAAUCCACACAAUGGAUCUCAGAGGACCUCUCUUAAGGCCUAGCAAGUGAGCAGCCAGGUUCGACCAUUCCUCGCAAAGUGCGCACGGUGUAACUUGGCAAUGUGAGUGCUUGGUACAUCGGAUUCGUAUCUGCAAGCGUUGCUGAUCGGGAGUGUAACUGGAUUAAAAUAUCGACAAUUUUAGUUAGUCUAAAUAGCAGAUGUCAGAAUGAAAGUUAAAAAGGGACGACCGUUAAUCUCUCUUUAUGCAUUUACACCCAUAAUGCCUAGUUUUAGUUAAUUUAUUAAAUUAUUUAAUUUAUUUUUAGGAUCGAAACCGGUGAUAGGCGCAUUUGUAGUAUUAACGUUAAUUUAGUUCCAAGACGGUAUUAUUACGCAGACUAUCGCAGUUUUUUAUGCCUAUUAGAUUGUUAAAUACUUGAUGUAAUUUAAAGUGUAUAGAUUGGGCUGCUUACAUACCUGCUGACAAAAAAUCCUGGUUUCCAAUGGAAAUACAGAGGAGUUUUUCUCACUUCCUACUGAAAAAAUCUUAGGAGUUUCAGUUUUAUUAGUUCCUUAGCUAUAUUCAAAGUUUCAGAUAUUAUAUGCACAAUUAUACCGAUUUUUCAGUAGCAAAUAUAAAUAAGAUCAUGAUCAGAGUUUCCAAAUAGACAAAAAAGUCCUUAUUGGUCCUAUUCGCAGCCAUUAUCGAAAUAAAUCAGUAGCCGUAGCCGUAAAUGGAAAAUAGCUGCAGAUUCGCCGGGUUGACUAAAGAAAACAUUCGAAUCUGAUUCUGAAAUAAGUGGUACAAUCAAAUAAUUGAUUUGUAGUGUAUUCAGUAUACAAAAUGCAUAUACGAAAAAAAUUAAUGAUCAAGACGAUUCCUUGGACUAUGGCAAAUAUUUGGACUUCCAAAUUAUUUUCUCGGAAAUGCAAGUACCAUCUCGCGGUAAAAAAUCACCAGAUAGGAAUUUCAGUUAUUAGCGUCAAAUAGAUCUACCAAUUUUGUUUAUCCCUUCCUCCUCAGUCGACAAUCUGUUGCUGAGUAUUCUUCAUAUUUUUUGCACUCACUCACAUUCUGAAAUCAUAUCUAUAAUCGCUUCAUAAUAGGUCAUGCUCUGAGAGCCCAAUUUGCUUCACCCAUUGGCUAGCUACAGCUCCGGAAAGCAGACCAGUGAGUUUUUUGGGCUUUUAGACUAUUGUAGAAAACAUUUUUUGCACAAGAAUCAGAAAUGACGUGAAUCUUCAGAUGUGCUUUACUAAAAAUAUUGCAUUAAAUGUGUAAUGAACCCUAAAAAAUCGAACAAACCACCUCUCAAAAUGCACAAUUGCGCUUGCCAAACGCCAGAUAAUUCGUCUCUACCACUGUCUCAAAGCUGGAAUGGUGUAACUAACCAGUUUCCAGCAAUUACCGAGAAAAUCGUACACUUAACGUACAAAAUGUUUGAUAAACAGGCACAAAUAUUUUGAGGAUGUUUUCAAGGGGGACUUUACAACAUACAUAUAGAUUCAAAAGUUUGUCUUGCUUGUGCAAAAAAAUAUUUCAGAUAUUUCGAUGGUUCUUCCAGGAGCGGUGCAGAUCGAGAAAGUUCACUGAACUAUUACCAUUAAAAGUACCUUCAAAGCUCUUGCAUAAAAUUAUUGCACAUCAUUAAUUGAAGUUCAUGUAUAAGUUAAAACCCACACAGAGAUUUGACAUAAUCACUUUCUACUCUACCCUUAUCUUUGAAAAAACAAUAUGAUACUGAGAUUUUAAAAUAUCCUCUGUGCUACCAUUGUUUCCUCCUCAUAUCAGGAUUUUUCUAAUGCCUGGUAAUUAUAACGUAAAACCUACUUUUCUUUGAAUCAAGGAACGUUUCUAAAGGGUUGUGUCAAAACCAACGACCUUAGUCGUAACUUGUAACUGAAAAACCUUGAUUUGGGAAAAGUUUGUAUAAGAAAAAACUGCGAUUGUGGGGACUCUUUUCGAACCCCUUACGUACAUGAUAGUAUUUAGGAAUGUACUAAUUGAAUAGGGCACUUUUGUGAUGAUUUUUGCAAUGUAGCAAAAGAAGACAUCCUCAUUGAAAAAUGCUUAUAUAGCGCGUUUCAAGAAAAGAGACCAUGCGAAAUACAUUCCAUUCUCAACAAUUUGCAAUAUUCUCAGGUCACAUUAUGAUGUCCUAAGAAAAGCUUUUUUCUUUGUCUACACAGUUUGGUAGCAAACAUAAUUGAAAAGCUUUGCUUAUUAACCUGUGAUUCAUUCUGACACUCAUCUAUUUACACUGACAAUCGCGUGUUGCACCCCAUCUAAUGGAUUAAAUGUACUAAGCUACAGGACAUAUCGGACCAAAAUAAAAUAAUAAAUAAUAAACUAUAACCGUGAGAAUGUGUUCGUUUACAUCGGCUCCGCCCGAAGGAGUCGAUGUCAUUGCAUAAUGUAAAAUAACAAUUCAUGACCCAAUCCCGGACGUCAUAAUCGCUCACAUAUUACAAUUAGUGUUUUGUGUUUAACAGAAAAUUAAUAUCUCACUUCGUAUAGCUCGAUUUGAAUUUAGUGAACUGAAUAUCUACUAUUAUUUUUGAGAGUUCGAUUUUUAAGACACCCUGUCUACUUGAAUGAGCUUGAUCUGUUUCGUUCUAGUGGGAAUGGCAUAUAUAUUAAUACAUUUAGUUGUUAGGAUCUUAUUUAAAAAGGUUGCUUUCGAAGUUGAGGGUUUCAUUUUAACUCACUUUUCACAUGCUUAAAACUAAGCAAAUAUGAACACGCCAGGGUUUGUAAUAAGGUACACUGCAAAAGGUACCAAAACUCAGGAAGGGAAUUGGGCAAUGGUGUCAACACUUUGUGAUCAUAUAAAGUGUGUUACAGAUUCAAAAUGAACCACGCUGUAUAUUUGAGAUCUAUUGGAUAGUUAUUUUUCCAUUUUUCAGAAAUAUAGCAUAUAUAGGCGUUCAUCUCCUUCCUGCUAUGAAAAAUUGACAAAAUAGGAAAAAAUAUCUCGUUGAAAUCUUGGCUAAAGCACAACAUAGCUGUAAAAAGAAUAGAAAUUUGUUUCCAUGUUUAUAGAACUAGAAAAUAACAAAUUUAAUUGGUUAUAAUAAAUGGUUCAUAAUUCUUCUAAAUUAGAUUCGAAAUAGUGAGACUUUUUCUAAGAAUUAUCCAAUAUAAGCUGGUCCAGUUUAAAGCAGAUACAUUAGAGAGCAAUUGAAAAUAAAGCAUAAGUUUACCCAAUAAACCUUAUAUGUAAAAUGCUUUAUUAUGGAAACACAUGGUAUCAAAGGUUGGUAAAAAUGAUCAAAUGUAUUCAAGUGUUUUCAAACGGAUGAGGAUAUUUGAAUGAAUUUUUGUGCAAUCGGAAUACCACAUGUUGCAAUAACACAAAUAUUUUUUUUACGCCACUGAUUUUUCAAAGAAUAAAAGUUUUCGAUUCUUCAGUCAAUUCAAUAGGAUUUCUUGGAAAUGGAAUAGAAUGGCCACGAACGUAUAUCUCUUUUGUUAAUUCAGAAUUAAUUUUUAUUUUCCGAAAGCUCAGUACGGGCGCCACUGGCAGAACUAUAAAUAACCUUUGCGCCUCACAAGUUCCAAUCAAUAAUCUUCAGACGAUGAAUUCGGUAAUAAAUUUGAAUGUUUUAACCAAAGUUUAACUUUCGCCAUUUUUCGAAUAUAGUUGACCAAGCAAAUCCAUAUUAAUUUUCAAAUCUCCAUUAGAAGCUGCCCUAGAAAUUGGACCACCCUGUAUUACUCCUAUACGGGCACAGUAUAUGUUAAAGCAUGAUACUUUCUUUUGUCUAACAUAUUUGAUAUAUGGUUAGUUCUAAGUUUUAAAAAAGCGAUUUAACGCGUAGCAUAUAUAGAGUGGCCUAUUGGAAAAACUAUUUAUAGUAGCAGUAACCCCACUGUAGUAAAAAACGCAGGAGCAAUUCAAAGAAAUAAUUUAUCAAUGAUUGUUCGGAUUAUAAGCAACCUUUAAAGUACUUUUAAAGCUGUAUCAGAAGUCUAGCCGUCGUAGCCUCAGAUCGUUAACAAAGUUAAGUAAAAAAAAUAUUUGAGGCUGUAGAUGGCACUUUUAGGAUCGGUCCUGUACGAGUCUAAUUAUAUAACCCAGAAUUCAGAAUUGAAAUGAUCGAAUGGCGCACAUCAGCAAACUAAGAAAAAUGAUGAAAAAUUAUGUCAAGAAACAUUUGUACUCUUGCAAAUUGAGCCCUUACUGUGCCCUGGACUGUUCUCCGUCAUGAUCAAUUUCAUUUUGGGGAUGAAACCCGUUGAAGAGCCUCAACUUUGCAAAUGCCCUGUAUAUAAUCAGUAGAUUCGAGUGUUUAGAUGAGUAUUUCUGCAGAAACACAUAUAAUUAAUUCGUAGGUAAAUCGACCCAAUGCUAUGUUCAAAAACGCACAAAACUUUUAAAGUGUACAUACUUCUGACAUAUAUAAAUAAUUAGAGAAAGAAGCGUAUUAUUUAUAUAAAUUGCGGCUAUAGUUAUCACCAAACUGACAAUCAUGAAGCAUUAUUUCAUUCUGAUUUCGGGGCUCAAUUUAAAAUGUAUCUAGCUAAAUAGACUUACCAAAGGCGGGAGUCACUCCUAGAACAUUUACAGUUGAUGAUACUUAGAACACUAUGCUCUUUGCCGCAACAUAAUGUAAUGUUGAACUUAUUAACAAAUUGUUACAAACAAACACUAUAAGUAUAUUUGCAGUUUUGAAUCACUAUUUUUGCCUGUUUUCCAUUGUCAAUCUUAGCCCCUGAAAAAAUCAUGGAAAUUUAUUCAGCUGAGAACUAUAGAAAUUUUAGCAUAGUUUUAAUAGCAUAGUUUUAAUUUUCCUUAUGUUUUACACACUUUUUUACAGUACAGUGCGCUGAUUCUUAAAACCCUCUAUUUAAUUUUGAUUUUCUAUUAAUUUACGUCAACAUCAGCAGGUAGAAUAUAAAACAUCAUAAUCUGAAUCUUCCUUAUUUUAUCAAAAUAUUCGUAGUUCAACAGCAUCUCUAUAAUUAUUUCAGUUUAUUGAACAAGCGAACUGGACAUUUAGACCUAACGCACACAUAAAGAUUACAGUUGAGGUAAUUAUAAACACGUGUUGAGUAAAUUCAUAGUUUUCAUUAUCUGAAAACUGAGAAACUGUUAAUCUUUUCACUGAAACAAUAAAUAGGUUCUAGUUGAGUCAUCCAAGCAAAUAAUUUGAGUUACUAAAUGUUUGAAUCUAUGUCAAAUAGAUAAAAAAAAAACUUCUAAUCUUGCUGCCGCUGUAUUAAAGCACUUUUUUCAGUACUUUCGUAACCAUAUUUCAGAAUAUAAUUCUCUGAGUGACUCCAAGAAAGAAAAGUAUGUAUAAAUCUGUAAAUGUUUCUUAAUAUACACUGCUGAAAUAUAAAAAAACGGGUUUUCGUAAUUAUCUUCAUAAUAUUUUUGUGCAUAUUGUUGAAAUUCGGCAGUUAAGGACUAAUAUUGCCAUAAAUAGACAAAAAUUAUUAAGCCCAUUGGCAUCCCGGAGAACAACCUUUCCAAGAUUUUUGAGACGAAAAAUGUGUGCCGCUGACGUCUUUUUAUUUUUUCUACUUAAAGCAUUAAGGGAAUUUUUUUGUCGCUCGACUUUUUUCAUAUCAGGUUUCGUUUUAGAGAUAAAAUUAAAACCUUAUUUGUAUGAGACCUAUUGAUUUCUUCUGAGAGAUUAAAAAAAUUGUCGAUAAAAGAAAUGAACAUAAAACUAUUGCAUAACUUAAUUAAUUAUCUUCUUAAAAUCACUCAGAGAAUCACUUUGACAUUUGGCUACAUACGUACGUAAGUAUUCUUUGUAUCUAAUUUGCUUUCCAAUUAUGCAGAUUUCGAAUUCGCAUUAUACAAACUACUUUUCCUCCUAAAAGUAAGUUCAGUGAAUUUUCCAUUCAUAGUUUACAUAUCCGAUUGCUUUUGAAAAUAUAUUCUUAAAUAUCGACAAAAUAUAUCUUGCUUAAUAUAAUAAUUAACCGCAUACAAAAAAUAGUAAGUAGUUCCUUAUUUUCCUAUAAUUUCUAAUAUGAAGUAAUAAAUAAUUAAAUUUUAGCAUUUCAACUUGAUAAUUCAAGUUGUUCUUGAUUUUGAUAAGCACGCUGAUUCAGUAUUCUAAAAGCCCUUCUAUACAAAGCUUUGUACAAAGUAAAAUUAACAAAAAAAGCAUAUUUUACCACAAAUUGUAAAAGAAUAGAAAUUGUUUUCAAUUUUUUUUUAAUUAACAAAGCAGCAUGAAGUACUGUAUUGAUUUGCAUUAUUCCCUAUCCGCAAAAAAAUUCCUGCUAAAAAUUAAACGAAGCGCAAACUAAAAGAAAGAGAAGAACGAACAUUUAUUUCAAUGAAAAUUACAAUAUAUGUACGUAUGUAUGUAUGUUCGUGUUAUUACGCAUGUUUUCAUUGAUUUGAUCCCGUAGUACAAAGCGUUGAUUUUUCAUUCGAAUGAACAGUUAAAAAUUCACUCACAAAUACAGUAAAAACGUUAAGUUGUUUACAACAUAUAAAACAGGGUGUUCAAUAAUAUUAAAAAUUGCUUUAAUUAUUCAAAUAUUUUAAACUUCUGUAUGGUCGACAUCUGUAUCAAACAUUUGUAUUGGAAAAUAUAUUAGUUUAAGUGUUAUAUAAGCAAUUAAACUAAAUUUGUUUGAUUAGUAACUCAAACCUUGAGCUUUGGAAAUGCUGCAUCUGGUACAAACAAAUGACUGCACUUUAAAAAUGUAUUUCGUCUUUUCUCUCGAAAUUUACAAUGUCUAUUAAGGCAUAUACUAAUUUAGCAAUUUAUGUUGUAGAAAUUACAAAGCGUCACAAAUAUGGUUAUUCUAAACUGCUUUAAGGAUAUGUAAUAUUAUAUGUGUAAUAAGUGUAAGUGAAUACAAUAAAUACGUAGAGUAGAUUGCCAUCUUAAACAUGUACACAACAUUUAGGUACUCAAUUCAUGAUUCAAAUUGACAAAAGACAGGGUAUUUUAAAAAAUCGACGACAGGCGCAAGUUCCCUAAGGACGAAGCUAUACUUAUAUGGUAGCGACAGUUGCACAUACAAAUAUUUUUGUUAAAGUAGCUAAUGCCUGUAUUGUUCAAUUUUCUACUCAAUAGGAGCAUCGAAUGCGCCGAUAAACGGGUAUACUAUCAUUGUUAUGUUAACAUUUAGACUGUCUAGGAAAAAGACUUUCGUUAAAAAAAAUAACUAGUAUUUAAUAAGUGUUUGUUAAGAAAGUGUCAAAAGGUGUGAAAAGUAUUAUAGUAAAAUAUAAGUGUUACAUGAUCA